GCGUGCUGGGAAGGUGGGGUCGUAGUUAGAGUCCCGGCGACAACUGGCGUAGUGUCCUCUGCCUCAGGCUUGGGUGGAGGUGUCUGGCGUGGGCGUACUCGGAUGCCGCGAUUUCUGACCAUCAGAUCCGUUCUUAAGAAGCAAACUGGCAAGGCUGCUUUUCUAUCCAGACACUGGGGAGCUUGUGGCACCAUGAAGGUCUUCUGUGGGCGAGCCAAUCCYACCACAGGAUCUGUUGAGUGGCUGGAAGAGGAUGAACACUAUGACUACCACCAGGAAAUUGCCAGGUCAUCCUAUGCAGAUAUGCUACAUGACAAAGACAGAGUUUUCAAGCCUAUGGCUGAUGCUGCUGUGAAAAUUGUGAAGAAAAAUGGCUUCAGUGAUAAAAUUAARGUUAUCAACAAGCAUUCCACUGAGGUGACUGUAGGGCCAGAUGGUGACAUGCCAUGCCGAGCCAAUAUCCUGGUCACAGAGCUGUUUGACACAGAACUGAUUGGAGAGGGAGCACUGCCCUCCUAUGAGCAUGCACAUAGGCAUCUUGUACAGGAAAAUUGUGAAGCYGUGCCCCACAGAGCAACUGUGUAUGCGCAGCUGGUAGAGUCCAGAAGGAUGUGGUCCUGGAACAAGCUGUUUCCUGUCCGUGUUCAGACCAGUCUUGGAGAGCAGGUCAUCAUUCCUCCCUCAGAACUGGAGAGAUGCCCUGGUGCACCUUCUGUCUAUGACAUACAGCUGAACCAGGUGUCACCUACUGACUUCACUGUCCUCAGCGAUGUGCUGCCUAUGUUCAGUGUGGACUUCAGCAAACAAGUCAGUAGUUCAGCAGCCUUCUAUAGCAGACAGUUUGAACCUCUGGCAUCUGGCCAAGCUCAAGUGGUUCUCUCCUGGUGGGACAUUGAAAUGGACCCUGAAGGGAAGAUCAAGUGCACAAUGGCCCCCUUUUGGGCUCAUUCAGACCCAAAGGGGCUCCAGUGGCGGGAUCAUUGGAUGCAGUGUGUGUACUUCCUGCCACAAGAGGAACCUAUUGUACAGGGCACAACCCACUGCCUGGUAGCCCACCAUGAUGACUACUGUGUAUGGUACAGCCUUCAGAAGACCAGCCCUGAAGAAAAUGGGAGAGUCCACCAAAUGCGCCCUGUCUGUGACUGCCAAGCUCACCUGCUCUGGACUCGACCUCGAUUUGGAGAGAUCAAUGAUCAGGAUAGAACUGAUCAGUAUGCCCAGGCAUUGAGGACUGUGCUGACCCCAGACAGYGUUUGCCUGUGUGUCAGUGAUGGCAGUCUGCUCUCCAUGCUGGCCURUUACCUCGGGGCAGAGCAGGUAUUUACAAUUGAGAGUUCAGCAGCUUCCCAUAAACUGAUGAAAAAAAUCUUCAAGGCUAACCACUUGGAAAAUAAAAUUAAUAUCAUUGAGAAACGGCCCGAGUUACUAACGACUGCAGACUUGGAGGGUAAGAAGGUCUCCCUCCUUCUGGGUGAGCCCUUCUUCACCACCAGCCUGCUGCCGUGGCACAACCUGUACUUCUGGUAUGUCCGGACCGCUGUGGACCAGCACCUAAAGCCUGGUGCUGUGGUGAUGCCCCAGGCUGCCUCACUGCACGCUAUGGUCGUGGAGUUCAGGGACCUGUGGCGGAUCCGGAGCCCCUGUGGUGACUGUGAAGGCUUUGACGUGCAYAUCAUGGAUGACAUGAUUAAGUCUGCCCUGGAUUUCCGAGAGAGCAAAGAGGCAGAGCCCCACCCGCUGUGGGAAUACCCUUGCCGMAGCCUCUCAGAACCCCAGAGGCUCCUGACCUUUGAUUUUCGGCAGCCCGUUCCCCAGCAGCCUGUGUGUGCUGAGGGCUCCAUGGAGCUGAGGAGGCCUGGGAGAAGUCAUGGGAUUGUCCUAUGGAUGGAAUACCACCUGACACCAGACAGCACUGUUAGCACUGGCCUUCUGGAGCCUGUCRAAGACAAGGGGAACUGUUGCUGGAACCCCCACUGCAAGCAGGCCGUGUACUUUCUCAGCCCCACACUGGAUCCUAGAGUGCCACUGCUGGGCAGCCCUCGGGCAGUCACCUAUACUGUGGAGUUUCACCCCAAYACCGGAGAUAUCACCAUGGAGUUCAAACUUACAGACAUACCAGAUUGACCCCUACUCGUUGAAAUAAAGUGGUCUUAAGGCUGUGGGCUCUGAA